AAGACAUCUGUGAGUCCUCACGAGGAGAUGAAGGCAGCAUUUAUGGCUGAAAUGAAAGCUGAAAACAUCAAGCAGUUUCUUUACAAUUUUACACGGCUUCCACACUUAGCAGGAACAGAGGAGAAUCUGCACCUGGCAAAGCAAAUCCAAGCUGAGUGGAAGGAGUUUGGAUUGGAUUCUGUUCAGCUGGCUCACUAUGAUGUCUUACUCUCUUACCCUGAUGAAACUAAGCCCAACUACAUCUCAAUAAUUGAUGAGCAUGGAAACGAGAUUUUCAACACAUCGUUAUCUGAGCCUCCUCCUCCAGGAUAUGAGGCUGUUAGAGAUGUGGUGCCACCUUACAGUGCGUUUUCAGCCCAAGGAAUGCCUGAGGGUGAAUUAGUGUAUGUGAAUUAUGGUCGCACUGAGGACUUCUUUAAGCUAGAACGUGAAAUGGGAAUCAACUGUACCGGAAAGAUUGUAAUCGCUAGAUAUGGCAGGAUCUUCAGAGGAAAUAAGUUACUUCCCAACGAAAACUCAAGAAACAGAAGAUCUCUUAACGAUCAUACGGAACCCAGUAUCUGCGUAUGUAUUUCCAGGAAAUUACAUGGUAUGAGACAGGUGAAGAAUGCUGAACUGGCAGGUGCUAAGGGAGUCAUUCUGUACUCUGACCCUGCUGACUACUGUGCCCCAGGAGUAAAUCCCUAUCCAACUGGCUGGAACCUGCCAGGUGGAGGAGCUCAGCGUGGAAACGUAUUAAACCUGAAUGGGGCAGGGGAUCCUCUGACACCAGGCUAUCCUGCGAAGGAAUACACCUACCGAUUAGACAAAGCCAGUGGUAUAGGUCUCCCAAAAAUUCCAGUUCAUCCCAUUGGUUAUCAUGAUGCUGAGUUACUACUGCGAAAGCUUAAUAUGAGCCAGAAGACAAACUAGUGUUCUGUGUUGAUGCCAGAAAGCUUGUUCACAAAUACCUUGGCAUGAGCAUUUGAGAAACAGGAACAUUACAGAUCUUAUUCACAAUGCUGACAUGAGUGUUCUGAAGUGCUGAGGUAUUAUUACAUGUUGAACUCACCUUUGCUCACAUGUGGCUGUAUCUCCCAAGUGGUAUGAAUUGCAAUAGAAGUAUUAAAGUGUUCUUUUCUUCUGGGGGUAAGGGAUGGCAGGGAAAAGUAAAGAAAAACAAUUAUCUGUUAUGAAUUAACAGGUUAACAUCUCUUUUUUAUUUCCUCUACUUAAGCAGAAUU